AUGAGGUAUAUCGCUCUUCUCUCCCUCCUCACUGGAGUUUCAGCUUCUCAACAUAGCUUGAAACUGCCGGAACCGACCAGGCAAUUGGAAUGGAAAGAUGUCAAUUUCCUCAGUACUUCAGACAUCCAUGGUUGGCUGCUGGGUCACCAACAUGCGACUUGGCCAGAGCCAAACUAUUCAGGCGAUUACGGAUCUUUAGCGUCAUUUGCAACCCACAUGAGACGUGUAGCGCAUGACAAGGGAGUUGAUUUGCUUUUAGUCGAUGCCGGAGAUCAUCACGACGGAUCAGGACUCGUCUCAUCCUCGUCGGACGCUGCUGGAAAGGCAGAAGAUAUCUUCUCGAUGUUGCCUUAUGAUAUCAUCACUAUUGGUAACCAUGAGCUCUACCACUAUGAAGAUGCGUUGGAGGAGUACAGGAAUAAAGGAAGAUGGAAUGGCAGAUACGUAACAUCAAACGUAAAUAUCACAAUUCGAUCUAAAGAUGGAUCUUUUCAAUCGGUACCCCUGGGAGAACAGUAUCUCAAGCUUGAUACGGAGCAAGGUAGAAAAGUCACUGCCUUCGGUAUCAUAUUCAACUGUAAAGGUAUAUCAAUACAAAAACCCUCUAAAUUAGCCAAAGAACCUUGGUUCUUGGAGGCGAUAAAGGACAAACCUGAUUACUUCGUCUUAGCUGGACAUAUGCCUGCAAGAGGUGAAACAGCAGAGUUCGGGCCUAUCUUCGAUGCUAUACGAGAGGCGCAUCCUAAAGUCCCGAUAUACAUCUUCGGCGGACACACUCAUGUACGAGAUUGUGUUCAGUACGAUGACAGAUCUAUCGGAGUUGUACCGGGAAGAUAUCUGGAAACGGUUGCUUUCACCUCGUCAUCUUUACCCCAGGACGACGAUGAGAAACCUUUGGAUGUAGCUCGAAGGUAUAUAGACGGUAACCCGGUCAGCUACAAAUGGCACACAAACACCUCAGAUGAGGAGUUCGACCUCCCGAUUGGGAGGAACAUCUCCCUGGCCCUUCUUCGACUAGCAUCCAAUCUCAAUAUCUCCACGCCCUUGGGGAUAGCUCCACAUGACUAUUUUCUGGAAAGACACCCGUACGGACACCCUAGAUCAGUCCUUACCGUGUUCUCGGAUCAAGUACUACCACAUACUAUAUUUGACAAGGAGAGAAACGAAACAAGGGUGAUCAUUGGAAAUGCAGGAAGUCUACGAUUUGACCUGUUUCAAGGGAGAUUUGACAGGAAUGAUGAAUUGACGGUUUCACCAUUUACGAGUAAAUUUCUCUAUGUUCAACUUCCAGCUGGACUAGCUAGGAAUAUCACCGAACAGAUGAAUAAAUCUGGAGCCUCGAAAUUACUACCUUCUGAGCCAACAACCAAGUCCGAAGAAGAAGAUAGGGUUCGAAGGACAUUCAAUGAGUGGAUGGCUGAACAAUGGGAAGAUUAUCUGACACAAGGUGGAGAUGAUCAUUUGUAUGACCAAGUGGAAAGUCAGAGGAUAUUUAAGGAUGACGAAAGUGACAUACCGAAGAAACCUAGAACGAUGGGAUUUGUCACCAAGGAUAGUUGUCCCGGUAAAGGAGAUGAUAUCGAACAUUAUCCUGUUCCCCAUGUUGGUAAUCAACCUGACUUCGUUCAAACUCCUUUCCCUGAUGUUAACAAUGAUGAGAUUAUAGAUGUGGUAUCCAUGGAUUUUGCUCUGGAUGAUUUUUUGGCCGCUGUCAAUGUUCUAGACCCAGCUAUUGACCUAACAGAAGCGCACAUGAAACCUUAUGCAGAAGGGUUGGAGAUAAAUGUGGUCUUUGGGAUGUAUGCUAAGGAGAUGUGGCAAGCUGGACUUUGA